AUGAUCACCACGACCAUGACGGACACCAUCACGAAGACGACCAUCACGAAAAGCAUCAUGAAGCCGACGGAGAUCAUGAUCGCCACCAUGAAGACCACGAUGGUGGACAUCACGACGAACAUCACCACGACGACCACCAUGCCGACCAAGGCCACGAUGGCCAUCAUAAUGAACAUGAACACCAUCACCACCAUGGAGAGCAUGGCCAUCAUCAUAACACUGCUCAUCAUGAAGAUCACGACAAAGGCUUUGAGCAUGCCGGUCAUGAAAAACACGACGAUGAGCAUAACGACGACUGGAAGCAUCACGGCGAACACGGACAUAAGAAUGACUGGAAAGAUUACAAAUACGGUGGCCAAGGUGACUGGAUGA